ACUAUAUGCUAACGUAUUUCUACUCCACCUUCUGGAGAUCAGAUCUUCGCACAUGAUCUGUCUCUCGUACACACGCGCACCAGAAAAACCUUUUCCGUUGAAAUCUCUAUCUUUCUCUCACCCAGAGAUUUAAGAAAUUUUCCAUUUCUUAUUUUCUCUGAGGCAUAUUAACAAAAACUCUUACUACCAAAAAGAUGGGUUUGCGAUCAAACCCUAGAAGAACCUUCUUUUCACUCUCUCUUCUCUCAAUCCUUGUCUUCCUCCUCUUCACCUCCUUCGCUCUUGCUCAGGAGUUCGAGCUUGAUACUGACAAGGAAGAGUCUACUGGAUCCAAAGAUCUGGGUCGCCGUAGCAAGAUUAGUUUGAGUGACCUUGAGAUUAUUGGGGACAAGACUGGUCUCAAAUUGGACUCUGAAGGUCUUGGAAUUUUUGAUGCAUUUUUCACAAGUUUUUCAAUGAUUCUUGUCAGUGAGAUUGGAGAUGAGACAUUUAUAAUAGCAGCUCUUAUGGCGAUGCGUCACCCCAAGUCAAUUGUUUUAUCUGGUGCUUUGUCUGCCUUGAUUGUAAUGACUGUACUUUCCACUGGACUUGGUAGGAUUGUGCCGAAUUUAAUAUCUAGAAAGCAUACCAAUAGUGCAGCUACAGUUCUUUAUUUAAUUUUUGGAGGGCGAUUACUUUACAUUGCAUGGAGGUCAGAUUCAAAAUCUUCUCAGAAAAAGGAGAUGGAAGAAGUAGAAGAGAAACUUGAGGCUGGACAAGGAAAAACAACCUACCGCCGUUUCCUUUCAAGAUUUUGUACUCCAAUAUUUUUGGAGUCAUUUGUAUUAACAUUUCUAGCAGAGUGGGGAGACCGUAGCCAGAUAGCAACGAUUGCUCUGGCGACACACAAAGCUGCUAUUGGAGUGGCUGUGGGCGCCAUAAUAGGACAUACUAUCUGUACCUCAGUGGCCGUAGUGGGAGGAAGCAUGCUAGCAUCCAAGAUCUCUCAACGCACAGUUGCUGCAAUUGGAGGCUUGCUCUUCCUCGGAUUUUCCUUGUCUUCCUAUUUCUAUCCUCCUCUAUAAUAGUGAUAUAUUGUAGGCUAACCUGAUUAUUUUAGAGCAUCAAUUCUCUUCACUAGAAAUUUUUCUCUUAUUUUUCUUUUCAUUUUUUCCAGUGUGUGGUUAAGUUCAAAGAAAAAUAUUAUACGGACUGUUACCAAAUUUUAAAAAAAGAAUAUUCUUUUGUGAAAUUAUUUUAUUGAUGUAUGCAUGGCUUUCCAACA